CCCUUAAACCCUAGCAAGAUCCAUCUCUCACCCGCCCGCCGUGACUCACCUCUGCACAUUCUCCUCAGUAAUCUACCGAAAGCACGAAGAGACAGAGAUGGGAAAAGAGAUGGAGUCCCCGAAGGAACAGAGCUCCUACACCGUUGAGCAGCUCGUCGCCGUCAAUCCCUUCAACCCUGAGAUCUUACCUGAUCUCGAAAACUACGUCAACGAGCAGGUUACAUCGCAAACGUAUAGUCUUGAUGCAAAUCUAUGCUUGCUUCGUCUCUACCAGUUUGAGCCUGAGCGUAUGAACACUCAUGUUGUGGCUCGUAUCUUGAUCAAGGCUCUUAUGGCUAUGCCAGCUCCAGACUUCAGCCUUUGCCUCUUCUUGAUUCCCGAAAGAGUGCAAAUGGAGGAGCAGUUCAAGUCACUCAUUGUUCUCUCACACUACCUUGAGACUGGGAGGUUCCAGCAGUUCUGGGAUGAAGCUGCCAAGAACCGUCACAUUCUCAUCGAGACUGUUCCAGGUUUUGAGCAAGCUAUUCAAGCAUAUGCAACUCACCUUCUUAGCUUAAGCUACCAAAAGGUUCCAAGAUCUGUGCUUUCCGAGGCUGUUAACAGGGAUGGUGCAUCUCUAGACAAGUUCAUUGAGCACCAAGUGACCAACAGUGGAUGGAUUGUUGAGAAAGAAGACGGAAGUAUCGUCUUACCACAGAACGAAUUUAAUCAUCCGGAGCUUAAGAAAAACACAGGCGAGAAUGUUCCCUUGGAACACAUCGCCCGCAUCUUCCCCAUCCUUGGUUGAACCAAUAGAACUCUGCAAAUUUUCAUUUGAGUCUCUGUCUUUCUUGUAAUACAACACUUUAAGAAAGCUGGAAUGUGAUUUUCUUCCUCUUUACACUUUGGGGUGAUUUUUUUUCAGAAUCAAGUAAACCAGGACUUUGUCAUAAGUAGAUUGAUCGAUUAAACUUGCUUGUAAGAGUACUGGGAUGCCAUAGUUUUUUUAUAUAUACAGCGCUCUUUGAGCGACAA